AUGGCAUUCCGCAGCCUAUCUCAGAAAAUUCUCGCAACAUCUUUCGUGGCCGCAGUCACCGCAGGCGGCGUCUACAGCUUCACAGUCUCAAGACGUGUUUCUUUGGUUGACAAGAAUCUCAUAACUCGUUCUGAAGAUAUACCGGAAUCUUUUAUCUCUUCAAAAUCUGCCGGCGAGAUUCUCAAUGCCAAAAAGCAUGUCUAUCACUCGGACUGGCGUUUCAUUAUACUCGAUAUACCCCCGGAACACGAAGAUGUCUCUGAUCAAGUUUUGUUGGCCAAAUUUGUCAAGGGCUUUUUUGGAGGAGCUGUCUUAAGGCCUGAGAGGUUGAUACUCCAGACAGUUGGACUUAACCUUGUUCAUUUUUCAAUUCUAUUCGGAGUCUUCCAAGUAUUGGACUCACAUGUUACCGACUUGGAAAACACCAAAAACUCGACGAAGCAAACUGAGAGCUAUGUUGAUUUUGGAUUUGGAAACGAUAGCACCCGGUUCGCUGGUGUUCACAGGUUCACCGUUGUGAGACAACAGGCAGAGAGCAACAGUAAAGAGCAACAGGUUCAGAUUCAUUUCCAGCACAUGACGUGUAAUCCAAUCGUCAACAAACCUCUGGGUCCUCAGUGGAUGUUGGGGUUUCAUGAGAUGUAUGCGGAUUAUUUAUUCAGAGACGGCGUUGCAGAAAUCAAAAGAUGGAUGGGCCAGUAG